AUUUUUGUUCUUUGAUUUGAUUUCUUAUUUAUUGGAGAAAAUUUCUCUGUUCUUCUCCAUUCAUAAAUCUAAGCGGCUUAGUUCUUGCACUGAUUCUUUCCACUUUAAUUAUGAGGAGUUGUUUGUAAAUGAACACUUCUUCAGAUUCUUCCUUUUCUUUCCAAGCCAAAAGGGAAAGGCAGAAGCAAUUCAAAUGUCUUGUACCACCUGGGAAGAAACCCAGGAGAAACACUGUCAAAAAAGCAGUUUUGCAUAUCAAAACCCUUGGCCUCCCUCUAAUUUCAGGAUCUACCGGUCAAUUCUGCAAAUCCCUUUGUCUGGAACCCCACAAACCCUACACCAUUGGCCGCAAAUUGAGGUUUUGUGAUUUUAUUUUUAGUGACCGUAGAGUUAGUAAAAGGCAUUGCCAGUUGUACUUUGAUUCUUUGGAGAAGAAGAUUUAUUUGUCGGAUGGUUUGUUUCUUGAUUACAGUGUAUGUAGUGAUUCUGUUUCUAGAGUUUCGACGAAUGGGGUCUUUGUGAAUGGGGUGAGAAUUGGUGGGGUUGCUGAAGUAGGGGUCGGUGAUGUGGUUGGUCUCAUUUGCAGAAAUGAGGAAGUUUGUGGGUUGGGGGUUAGUAUCGGAUUUUUGGUGGAAAAAACUGCUUUUGUGGAGGAGGUUGAUUACAGAAGUUUGAUUCAGUUAAAUCCAUGUGGUGUACAUCCAGAACAGGCUAGUUUAGCAUUGGGAUGUGACAGACUAAUGGAUGAUACAGGUGUACUUUUGAGUUGGUGCAGAGAUAUAUUAUGUAGUGAUGAUCCUGUGUCUUACAUUCGCAAGUGUGUUGUUCUUGAUCAGAGAAAGAGGAUUGAUCUUGCUUUUAGAAAUGGACUUAAGAAAUAUUCUGCUUUGUUGUUGGAUAAUGGUUGUUUGAAUGGCGGGCUUCAAAGUGGGUGUCGGAACCGGAAAAGGGUGUACUCAAGGGAAAUUGAAACUGUUGAAAACGGUGAUGUUAAACGCGGGAAAGAGAUUAUAGUUGUCCCCGAGCGGAACACUGAGUUGAAAUGUUCUGAUGUUGGCACCACCUCAAAUGCUGAUAUAGCAAGGCAAUCGUGUGCAGGUUGCAUUGAUAUUGAGAAUGGUGUUAUUGCUAGUGAUUAUCCUAGUGGUUUGUAUCUGGAAGGGCGGGAUUUAUUUCAGUGUGGAGACCAGUUGGAUGAGAAGAGCUAUGCUAAAUGUAUUCUGCCACCAGGAAAGAAGUUCUAUUUGAACCAUCUACAAUUUCGGGGCCAAGAAGUAGAGAAGACUGGUGAUGAUGUAUCAUUGCGAGAGCUCUUUCAUCCCAUUGAAAACCUCAAGCAAGUAUUUAUUGCUACAUUUACUAGUGAUAUAUUAUGGUUCCUUUCAUACUGCAACAUUCCUCCUAAUCUACCGGUGACAAUUGCUUCUCACAGUGCUGAAAGGUGUUGGAGUGUGGACCCUGAUAAAAGAACAUCUGUUCCAUUCUCAGAUUUUCCAAACUUAACUUUGGUGUAUCCUCCAUUUCCUGAAGUUAUAGCUUUUAAUAGAGAUCGAAAGAACUUAGGCAUUGCUUGCCAUCACCCAAAAUUAUUUGUGUUGCAAAGAGAAGAUAGCCUGCGUGUUGUUAUCACAUCUGCAAAUUUGGUGGCGAAUCAGUGGCAUAAUGUUACCAAUACAGUCUGGUGGCAGGACUUCCCACGAUUAAGUACUCCCAAUUGUUUCUCUCUUUUCACUCAAUUAUCUAAUGGGGAAGUUAAUAUAGAUUCAAAAAGUGAUUUUGCUGCUCAUUUGGCCGGAUUUAUGUCGUCUUUAGUAUCUGAUGUACCUAGCCAGGCUCAUUGGAUCUUGGAGUUGAUCAAAUACGAUUUCAGAGGAGCUGCUGGAUAUUUGAUUGCUUCUGUCCCAGGAAUUCAUUCACAGAGAAGGGCUUUUAUACAUGAGCCAAAAAAUCACUUGCUUGGAAGAAGACACAAGCUAGGGUCUUGUGGUCUGAAAUUCCUUUCUUCUGUUGAAGCAUCUGUAGUUGGUUUAAGCCAUAUUUAUCGUGCACGGGCCGACUCUAAUGGAGAGCAGUUGAAGAAACUUGCAUUAUUUCUUGGAAAACGCCAUGAGAACAUGGACGGAAUGUCAGAGAUUAUUUUGAGGAGAGAUGCAAAUAUACCAGCUGAUGGGAAUGCUGUGAGUGUGCUUGUUCCUAACCCAGAAGACUCUUCCAUGGGAGAUUCCGUUCAACUUGGGUUUCUACCUAGAAAUGUUGCAAAAUGGGUGGCUCCACUUUCAGAUAUUGGCCUUAUUGCAUUUUCGGCUUAUAUUCACCCUAAGGAAGUGCUUGCAGCUGCUUUAGAAGGAAGCAACAACAAAAUAAAGCUGGUCCUUAAUGUGUAUACGGGACCUGCUUUUUCUACUAUUUCAGAAGUUACAAAACUCGAAUAUGUUUCUGCAAUAUGCUCCCUUGUUGCAUCAAGUCAGAGGUAUGCUGGGCUCUGGCGCCUUAAGGAGGUUUUGGGUCAGUACAAGUGGCCUGAACAUUUGGAAUCAGAGUUUGUUUUUGGUUCAUCCUCAGUUGGAAGUGUAAAUGCACAAUUCCUAGCUGCAUUUUCAGCAGCAGCAGGAAAAAGGUCUGUGCCAUUUUCUGACUCAGAGGAAUCCGAUCCAGAUUGGGGAUGUUGGAAUGCCAGUCAAGAGUUAAAAAAUCCUUCUGUCAGGAUUAUAUUUCCCAGCAUUGAGAGAGUGAAGAAUAACAGGAGUGGAAUAAUGGCUUCGCGGCGCAUCUUGUGCUUCUCUCAGAAAACAUGGCAGAGGUUGAAAAAUGUUGGCAUUGUCCAUGAUGCAAUUCCUUAUCCAAGUGACAGAAUUGGAUUUCCUAUGCAUGUCAAGGUGGGACGAAGACGAUUUGAGUCUAAGGAUGGCUCAUCCUUUGGAUGGGUUUAUUGUGGAUCACACAACUUCAGUGCUGCUGCCUGGGGACGUCCAAUGUCAGACAGACAACUGAAUGGGAUUGUGAGAAAUACUUCUGUAUUAGGUUCAAGACUUCACAUAUCUAACUAUGAACUAGGUAUCAUCUUCAUUGUUCCCCCACCAGAGACAGUAGACCAUGUUAAACAAGAUACCAGAAACCUGGAUGAUAUUGUUUUGCCAUUUGUCAUGCCUCCACCAAAAUACAGACCAAGAGACCAGCCCGCUACAGCACAGGCAAUAAGGGAGGCAUUGGCAGAGCUCUCGGAGCAAGAAAGGGAAAUAAAUGAAGCGGUCUUGGCUCUUUCUGGUGGUUUGAUGGAAGAGGUAAUAACAGAGGAGGAAGAGGAGGAAGUAAUUGAAACUGCUCAAUAUGUGGCACAGGAAAAGGAAGACGAAAAGGCUUAUGCUGAUAAACUCUGGAGCCAAGUUGAUUCUUCACAAAGCUGUUGAAUCCUUGGUCCCCACUGGUUAUAUUCUUCAGUAUUGUGAAGUACGGUUUAACGACAAUUGUGCUGCGUGUCAUUAGACAUGGAGGGACUGUUUCCAUCUUAUUGAUUUGAAGACAAAAGCCUUGUGUAAAGCAAAGAGGCUUCUACUGCUGGUUUCCAGUUGGCGGGAAAGAUUGGUUUUGCAUUUGGAAAUUCUAGUCCAGAUUUGGUUCUCUUGUACCCGAAACCAGUUACAAGUAUAGAUUUACACUUGUUUCAGGAGAGAAAAUCACAAAGGCGAAAAGCUUAUCUAUGUACCUUUGUUCCCCAACUUCAUAUACAAGAUUCAAGAUUCAAAGCGAUGCUUAGGCAGCUGUCUUUAUUGUGUACAUUCAACAUUCAGAGUUACCAGUUAUAAUCUGGUGCAUAUGAUUGGAAAUAUUGUUGUUGUA